AUGAAUUCACUUCUUCUUCUCUCUCUUUGUGCAUACCUUGUUGUGUUGGUUAAGUGCCAAGGGCCAGUAUUUCCCAUGUCAUACAACGGUGGCUCUUCUUCACCCACUAUCAGAGGAAAGCGCCACGCCGAGUUCCUAGCCCAUCUCACCUGUCCUCUGAGUCAAGAGUGGUGCGUGUACGUCAAAUAUGUGGAAGAUGAUUUAUUCUAUGAUGAUGUUGUUCACACGAUGCCAAUGGUCUGCGCAUUGGGUGGUCGCGUACUGGAGCACUACCAAAUGCUAGACUAUUCGGGAACAGAGCCUGAAAUAUAUGACUUGGAUUAUCAACCCAAAGUAAUUAUUUAUCAUGAUUGCUCUGUUAAACAGACAAUUCUCAAGUACGAGCACAUAUUUGAAGUGCAACAUCGGCGAACAAAUUGUACUGGCUUCGAGUACACAAUCGAUUUGCUUAAAAAAGGAUCACGUGCUUAUGCUCUCCGAGAAGUUUUUGGCAUAUAUCGCGUCGAUCACGUCGUAAGAGACUGGCCUGCAGAACACUACUUCCAAUAUCCAACAAGACGUAGUCAAUAUCCAGAAAUUCCACCAUGGGGUGUAGUCCCGUCCUCUUUCCCAACUGACCGCUGCUUGAGAAUGUCUGAUGAAUCGGGAAAUUCCACAACAACGACUCCCGCCCCGACUACUGUUGCAACCACCACGGAGAAAAUCACCAUUUUUUCUGAUCCAAAAUGGAUUGCCAACGCGUUUUGGGAAAGCGUCGAUAAAGUCGCAAAGGCCAACACCGCCAAUUCUACACUUCCCGCUUAA